AUGGAAACAGAUUCCGAAAAUGAUUAUUCAUCUUCUGAUGAAGACGAUGUUGAUCUCGAAUCACAGGGACCCUUCACAUCUUCCAUCGGUCGGCGAUCGUACCAAGGUGAGUUUAGAAUUUAUACAUUUUUGAUGUUUACAUUAUUCAUUUCAGACACCGAUUUCGUGUUGCGAUCUGAUAGCAGUUUGUCUGAUUCUAGCGCAGAAUCUGAUGAAGUUUACCAAAACGGCAGUCAAUCGGAUGAUUAUGAUUUUGACCUUGAAGAUCAUGGUGAUAUAGAUGGAGAAAAUCAAAAUAAUGAUCCGGUUAUGGAAACUUCUCACCUACAUAGUAAGUUAACUUAUGCCCAAAAAAUAUAUAUUACAUUGUGUUUGUGUAUUAAAUUGUUCAUUUUGUUCAGAUCUUUCCAAACAUCUUCUCGGAUUUCUUCUUGUCAAAUUUGCAAUGUCGAGAAAACAAUUGGAAGAGACGAUUGCUGUGAUGAACAUUGUUUAUGGUGGUCAUUGUCCAGUCGGUGUAAGUCUUCAGAGUGUGGGAAACUACGAAAUUAGUAGGUAGAAUAAAUCAUUUCGAUCUUCAGAAAUAACUAAUUUUUUUUCUUCAUUUGUUCUCUCUCUCAACUUGCCGUUGAUUUGCAGGCUUCAUCAGUUUGGAAUUAUGCGAAACAAAUGGGUGAUAGGUUCAAAGUUCGAAAACAAUUUUACUGUACCGAAUGCCGGUGGAAGUUAUCCGCGAAUAACAAAAGAUGCCCGAAUCCAUACUGUGACCGUUGGAGGUGAUUUGAUUUAAAAAAGAAGAUAAUAUCUUCUUUAUAUUAUUAUACCGUAUAUUAUACCAAAACUAUUUUUUUAGAAAUAUUGUGAAAAAUGGAAAAAGUACUGCUGAAAAUUGCCUUGUCGAUUAUAGUGUGGAAAACCAGAUGCGAUUUUUACUUGAAGACAAUUUGGAAGAAAUAGUCGCACAUCAUCAAGCCAUUCACGAUAACCAAGUUGUGAGUUUUAUUUUACUGCUUAUACAUAUACAUGAAAAAUGCCCUAUUUUUCAGGAAGAAUCAAUCGAUGAUGUUCGAACUUUGCCGAUUUAUCGAAGUAAAAUAGAGUCUCGCCAACAAUUUGAUGAGAAAAAGAUUACAAUUGUUGUCACUGGAAGUUUUGAUGGGGCACGUCCCGCAAAACUUACAAAGUAAGUAUUUUUGAAAAGAAAUUUUUACUUUUUUACAAAAUAAAUAUAUUUCUCAUUUCUUAGACGAGAAAUAACCCCUUUCGUUUUACGGUUGGAAUCGCUGAACAAAAAAGUUCGUAACAUCGAGGAAAAUUUUGUGUUAGCUUCACUUCAUUAUUCAUCCAACGGUGUGAAAUCAGAGGAUAUUGAUGAAUUUACAAAAUCGUAAGUGUGAAAAUAUAUGUACAAUACUUCAAGUUUUUUGUGCCAUAUAUAUAUAUAUGUAAAAACGUUUUUUUCAUUUAAAUUGCCUAACAGAAAUGCAUGUAAUUUUGAAUAAAAUCAAUAAUAUUGGAAUUUAUGAAAAAAUAAAACUAAUUUUGCAUAUCUUUCUGUCCAGGACUGCAACCAAUAAUAAUUUUUGAAGAUUCGUCGUCGAAUACGAAAAAAAUUAUCACAGAAGGCUUCCAAGUUGAGAUUAAUGGCGCUCAAUGGACUAUAUUUAUCAGUGUAUUAGGAAUAAUGAGCGAUAUGAAGGUGUGUUGAUUUAGGUUUAUGAUCUUCUGGUGCAGUUACAUUUCUCUGAAAUUUGUUUAGGGUGCUCGGACAGUAGGAGGCUUGCCAGAUUGGCAAAUACCUGUGGGAUGUCAAGUUUGUGAGACUGUUGGAGAACCUGUUGGUUUGAUGACUAUUUCAUUCAACAAAGUCGAAGAUGCUGAUUUGCGGACAACAACGUCCUGCUUGAACGAUAUGGCAAAAAAGGAAAAAGGAUUCAGGAGAGAUGGCAAGUUUUUUUUGUUAUUAGGUCUUAUCGUUAGUUUGCUAAAGAUAUAUAACUUACUGUUCCAGAUUAUUCGAAAUUUGCCAAAUUAUUUGUAGCGGUUAUGAUGCUCCUGGACUUGUUCCAUAUUCGGAAAGAAGGCGUUAUUAAAAAAGCGCUAAAAGGUAUGUUACGAGCAGUGAAUGUUGAUUUCUGGACCUGCAGUACUGGCCAAAAAGAUAUGCAAAACUAGUUUUUCGAGUUAAUUUACUGAAAACUGUCGAAUUUUGACCCGAAACUUCUUAUGGGUUAUUUUUUACGCUGAGAAGGAAAGUCGUUUGAUGUUCCCCCCUGAAAUAAAACGAGACUAGGUGGAAUCAACUACAUAUUGAUAGGUGAAAAAGCCCAACGGGAUUAAGGAAAUAAAAAUCUAUUUCAAGAGUUAUCUGAAAUUUUUUAAUUUUUCAGAAAUCAUACAAAAAGGUGAAAAAUCAGAAAAUAUGAAUGCUUUUUUGUUGACUGUGAGCCAAACUACGAUUCUUUUUAAAUAAUAGGCUUCUUUGUAUAAAAAUUUGAGGAGUUGCCGUAACUCUUGAAAUAGAUUUUUAUUUCUUUAAUCCUGUUGGGUUUUUUAUCUAUCAAUAUGUAGUUGAUUCCACCUAGUUUUAUUUCAGGGGGGAACAUCAAAAGACUUUCCUUCUGAAUCUGAUUAUAUGCACCAAUUCCAUAGAUAAAAAAUUUUCUUCAACUUAGUAGGUCGGAUCAUCAAAUUUCGACUUUUACAGAAUAUUCAAGUCUAUGUAAUUGAUACAUAUAAUCUGAUUAAGCGUAAAAAUUACUGAUUAGAAGUUUCGGGUCAAAAGUCGACAGUUUUGAGUAAAUUUACUGGAAAAACUAGUUUUGCAUAUCAGAACUUGUGAAAAAUAAGUGGAGCUGGUCCAAACUCAAAAAUACUCGAAGAGCUGCUAUUGAACACGCAUUGAUGAACACAAAACCCACCACAAAUGAAACGGACCUUCUAUCCACAUCAUCGAUUGCAAUCGCAACUGGGUGCCAAAUACAACGCGUAUGUUUUUUUUUCGUUUUCCUUUUUAUGAUGAACUUCAUCAAUUGUAAGUCUUCUUGUUUUCAGAUGGCUAGUAUUGCGCUUCCUUUAGCCGCGGUCAACAUGGUUUUUGUUCAGACGUCUUACGGAUUUUAUGUUUUGACGAUAUUCAUAGUCUUAUGGAAUGAACAAAAUGUUGCGGCUUAUGACACCAUACAGCAAAUUUUCGAUUCUGCUCUUCGUUUAUAUGUUUCGAAGGAACCGGAGAAAGUCCCAUUGAAGGGUCAUGUAGGUUUUUAUGCGAAAUUUGAUAAUGUUUAAUAUGAAAAAUAUAAAAUGAAGAAGAGUGGCAUUGUUCAAAAUUGAUAUAGAAAUCUUCUGGAAGUUAACCUCUAGCUAGUCAGUUUCUGUAAUUUUCAACAUUUUUUCUGAAGAAAUUCCAAUUUCGAAUUUCAAAAGAUAAACUAAAUCUUAUUAGAAUUACAAAUUCAUAUCGAAAAUAAUUUUAUUGUUUAUGAAUUGAUUAUGGAAUAUCUAAACAUCUAAAAAAUUAUCAUAAUUUUGCCUUUUAUUGCCUUUUAAUAUAUACCGAAUCAUUUUAAGGAUUUCUUCAAACAUCAAAUUCUGCAUUUGAAAACGUAUGGUGUGAGAUUCGACAUGGAGCAAUUCGAAAAACUGCACUCUAAAUUUCAAGCAAAUUUAAAUUCAAAAUGUACGAAUGUAAUUGAUUUGUAUGGAUCCAGAUUUCUUGCAAAAUCUGGAAUUCGAUCCGAUUUGAUGAAGGAUCUCGAAGAUCAACAAGACUAUGCAAAAAAUGUUAUACAUUCAAUUUUGGAUAUUGAAAUCGAUGUGCCAAACUAUGGGAUAUUGAACGAGGUGGAGAAAGAGUUGGUGUCAAUAUCAGAUUUGGAUUCGAUAAACGUAUUUGAGAAUUUGGAGAAAAUAACCAAAUUUGGGUAAGUUGAAAUUGGGGUUGUUCGAAAUCAACUUAUUGGAAAUAUUCAGAUCUAGAGCUUCUUGUGAAAAGAUAAAUGGAAAACCAAUAAUUAUCGAUUCGGAAAAAUAUUGGAGAACAAAAAAAACAUGUGGUUCAUAUUUUCUCAAAAAAACAAACGCCGAUUUUAAGUUUAUGAAAUGUAUUAUUUUUUAUGAAUGCAAUGAUGAGGUGUAUGUUUUAGUAGAAGAACUUAGAACAACCACUUUGGUUGAUUUGAUGGAAAACAUGCUGCAAAAUGUGAAAGCGAAUGAAUCCCGAAGCUCGUUCGAACAUUGUCGUUCCAUUCAAGAGAAGUUCCGGGGUUUGAACACCCCAUUCGAACGGAUCGAAAGCUCAUAUUUAAAUGUUGUAAAAUUUAGCGAUGUCGUUGGAAGUGCGAUUUUCAUUCCAUUUGAACGGCUCAAGUUUAUCACUAUGCCCCCUUAAAUAUAAUUCUCAUUUUCUUCAUUUAUUGAUUAGUAUGUCAACGGCGUCCAUUUCUAUUUGAAUGCCUUCUUGCGUUCCGACAAUCUUUUUUUUUUAUAAUGAAAAUACAAUUUCUUCUUUAAUAAGUCAAUUACCGUUCCAUUUCUAUGUGUUUGAAAUUCACAGUAUAUACCUUCAUAAAAAACACAUGUAAACCUAUCGAUUUCAGAUUACAGUUGUUUCGUGUUCUGAAUUGUGGAUUAAGCAAAAUGGGUGGUAAGUGAAAGGGAUAUGUUGGGUACAUCCUAAACAUUUCCUGUUUCUGAAAUGUUCAAGUAAUUUAUUUGCAGAAAACUUUGCCGCAAUGUCAAAAGUAUCAGGAGUCUCAGAACCAGCAGCUAAUUAUCAAAUGUUUUUGGAAAAAGAUCAAGAAAUUGCCAAUUUGAGAAUGCAACUUUUACAACAACAAAAUCAAAUGGGUAUAAUGCAACAACACCAACCCCCCAAUCCUCUGGCCGCUCCUAUUUCUUAUUACAAAGAUUCGCAUGGUCCUAACAUGUUCAUGACUCCAACAGUGUAUCCUACUCCGACUCCGACACCAGAAUUACCACCACCAACAGCUACUUCAACCACUAGUACGACCAAUUAUUCAACACCUCAUGCAACUCCGCUUUCCACACCAAGUAGACGAUCGCCCAGUAUUGCGACAACGAGUUCACCGAGAUUGGAACCAUGUUACACAUCCGAAUCUAUUUCAUUAGGUAACUUUUUAUGGAUAUUUGUGUUUGAGGGUUUCAAAAAUUAGGGUAUUCCGUGUAAGAUAUAAGAUUGGUAAAAAAGACGAAAAAUCGAAAUAUCGAAAAAAAACAUCAGAUUCGAAUUUUAAAAUCAAUGAAAAUAUUUAUUUAGUCAAUUUUGUUGUUUUUUGAAAAACGAACUAAUUGUUUGAAUUUUUUUAUUCAAAAAAAACAUUGUAUUGUCUUAAUCUAACGAUUUAAUUCCGACCCAAAUCGUUUUUUUAGUUUAAAAAGACGAAAUUCUGAAGAAAAAAACGUGACCUCAAAAUGAUGAAAAUAUAACGAUUCGAAAAUAUAACGAUAGAAAAUCCAAAUUUUUCCGAAACUUCAUAAAACAUCGGAAACGAACAAUGAUUGCAUGUUUUUUUUUUAUAUUUCUAUUUUCGUCUAAUCCUUCGUACUUUUCAAAUCUUACCAAUCUUAAAUCACUCCCAGAGUUGUUUCUCGAAAUUUCUAGAAAAAAAGAUGAAUCUGUAAAUUUUAAAAUUGUGGUAGAGCCAAAAAUAUCGUUAUUUAUUUUCCUUAAAGUUUUAGAGUUUUCAAGAACAAUCCCAUAAACCUAAUUUUCUACAAGCAUAAUUUAAUCAAUUAAUUUUCGAUAAAUCCAAAUCUGCCAGGCCGAAAUUGAUCUUUUUUUCGUUCAGAGCCUCAAUUUUCGAAUUCUAAAUAAUGAGACCCAAAAAAAAAAUCAUAACUCACGAUGUUAAGUCUUGUUCUAACCAAAAAAAUUAUUCCACAUCUGGAAAUUUGAACAAUUUAUGAUUUUAUCCUCUACAGUAGUUUGACUUACUUUCGACUGUUUAAUUGCUUCCCUAGUUAGGAAAAGGGAAACAUUGAGAAAUGACUAAAUUCUGACCAACCGUUUUUUGAUUACAGAUGCGAUGAGAAGUUGUGUCACAAAUGAUCGUCUCGACGCCUACCGGAUUGGGAAUAUUUGCAAAUUAUCCGCAAAAAGCAACUUCCAACGCCACACUUCCAUUAUGAAGGUGAGGAAAAAAUGUUCAGAAAAAUCUAGUGAAUCUUUGAUGUUUGUAGACUUUUGUCAAAGAAAAUUGCGGGCGAGUCAAAGUGUUGGGACUGAGCGAAAAAUGUUAUGAAGCCGAAAAUGCAGGAAUUCUAGCAAUUGCGAAUUCAGUUUUUGUAAGUCUUUAAGUGUUUCAUAAUUAAAAUGUAAAUUUCCGUAGAAAUUAUGAUUAUGAUUGUUCUAUUAAAAAAAUAAGUUACAUCUUUAACUUGAUAAUUUGAAAAUGUUUCAAGCAAAAAAUAGAAGUUAUCAAAGUACAAUUACUAAACUCUGAGAACUUCUCUGAAAAUCUCGGAAUUGCUUUCAGCAAAACAUGGUUUCAAUGAGAAAAGGAAAUGAAGAAAUCAAACAAGCUCGUGAUAAUUUUGAUAUCAUUGGAUCCACGUCGAAUGUUUCCACAAUGUUUUUUGUCGAUGCUAGAUGUGGAGAAGGUUAUAAGGUAAUUCAAUCGCAAAAAAUUCAAUACAUUCAGACGAUUUACAAACGUCGCGGUAAAGGUGUAAUUGUUUCCCACAUACAAUUUUCCAGUAAAAAUUUUAUCAAAAUGUUUGAAUUUUUUCUACGAGUUUUUUGAAUAGAACUUGGGAAAACUCAAGAAAAGAAACUGCUAAAAUGCCUCAAAUCUCAUUUCCAACUUGUAGGCUGUCUUUAAAUAGUGAGACGUUUUGGAAAUAAUCUGCUCAAAAAACAGCCUUCUUUACAAUUCUCUAUGAAAAAACGCACAUUCACAUAUUACAUAUUACAGACUGGUCACACUCGAAAAAUUGGUGAUUUGCAACCACCUAGAGAUGGUUGUUCUGAGCUCAUGAAAAUGAAACAUUACAUGAUCUAUUUUCUUGGUGAAGUGAGUUUUUUUUCCCGUUAUAACACGGUGAAUUUAUCAAAAUUUGAUUUUAACCUCAUUUCUUAUAAAACCAGAAAUAUAUUUUUUGAGAAGUAUUCUUGUUCAAUAAGUAUCUUCUUCUGCUUACUCGCAUUUAUCCCGAUUUGGAAGCCUGUUCAAUAAAUAUGAGAAAAUAAAAAUGAGAAAUGAUUUUUAAAAAGUUUUUUCAAAAACAACUUUAAAUUUGCAGAUUGUUGAUGAAGACUUGAAAGCCAAAUUGACAUCAACAUCAGUCAAUUUUUUUGUGGAAGACGGAGAUGAAACAAAUGCGAAUGACGAUAUUGAAGAAGUCGAAGAAGAAGAACCUUCCGAUGAAUCUGACGAGCCAUCACAGGUGUCUAAACAUGGAUCUCGAAAUGAAAAUUUGGUGGAAUUAAACGGAUUUAUUAAGAGGAACAUGUUCGGUUAGUCUGAUUUAUAUAAAACUUUUUUUCAAAUAUUCAAACAAAUUAUCUAAUAAGAUGGAUCUGAAUUCUGAUUGUAUGAUUGAUUCAGCUUCAGAAUAAAUAUAGAAACAUGUAAAUUUUCAAUUUUGAAUAAAAUAUUUCGAAAUAAAUUCUAAUUUUUUUAGAUGUCUUUCUCCAAUUCUACAAAUUAUCGAGUCCAUUAUUGACUGAUAGAAGACAAUGGAAAGUUGCCGAUUUAGAAAAUGAUCCAGAUUUUCUGAAUUUUGGGACGGAUUGGGAUGCAAGAAUCGAAAAAAUGGCGCAUUUGCGUAAAAAAUACAAGGAUUUCAAAAAAGUUCAUUUCAAGAAAACACUGAAACAAGCAGUGUGAGUUGUUUUUUCCAAUUGCUCUAAAUAUGCAUCACAUCCUAUUUUAUAGCUAUGAUUUUCGACGUGGAACUUGGGAUCCAAAGAAAAAAGCAAAGAAAUUCAAAGGAAGAGAAGUUAGUUCUGCUUAUUCAACGUAUAUUUUUUUAAUCAAUGUGUUUUUUAUUCCAGCGUGAUUCAAAAGUUCGAAUCAAUGCGAGAAAUAUGAAAAAGCGUAAAGCCAGCGAAUUGGAUCCAAGUUAA